AUGCAGUGCAGUGUUUUCACACACAAUCUUUUGGAAUCUUUUGGCAUUGUGGAGCAAAAUCUAGGGAAAUUAAUACCGAGUGAGAGGGGGGGCCGCAUCCUCUCCUACAAAGGCUACCUCUACAGCACGCACUCGUCCAACAAGGCGCGGACAAGGCGCUACUGGGUUUGCCGCAGAAAGCCCGAAUGCAAGCAGCGUGCGACCACGGAGGAGCCCUCAGGUAAGGGUGAGCAGGAUAAGCGCGUCUCACAUCGGAGAGAAGUGCGUACUGGUAGUAAUUUCGUCACGUCCCGUGUAGCUGGCUCCGACGAAGUUGAGGUGUUCAAGGCGCCGGCUGACCAUCCCGGCCACUUGCCCAACCCCGAAGAAGGAGACGCCAUCGAGCGGUACCAGCAAAUCAAGAGGCGCGCGGAGGAACACCCGGAGGCACCACCAGCCCAAAUCCUCCAGCAGGAGUUACCCCUGCUCUGCUUCACAUGAACCGUAUUUAAAAAGUAUCAUGUCAUUAACGUUACGGUACGUGUGUCCAGGUCCCGUCAGGAGUACUCCCACAUCUACCGUUACGAGAAUCUAUGAAGCGGACUUUUAAUAAAAUACGCAGCAAACACUUUCCGAAGAACCCGAAGAAGAUUAGUGAAAUUGGAGAACUUCCCGACAAAUUUAAGAAGACUCUCGACGGCAAGGAGUUCCUUAUCUACGACUCCUGGGACGAAGCAGAUGAAGAUGAAGAACGACCCGAAAAGAGAAUUUUGGUUUUUGCAACCAAGAUUGGCCUAAAAAGACUUGUUCAAUCUGCUACCUUCUACCUGGACGGCACCUUUGAAACUGCUCCUGACAUUUUCACCCAGAUAUUGACAAUGCACGGGGAGUACGCAGGUGAAACAUUCCCGUUCGUGUUUGCACUUUUACCGGACAAGCUA